CACUUUGGCCCGUAUUCCUGUAUUUCUCAAGAAAACUAAAAAUUCCCAUGGUUUUGCAUGUUUUGGCUUUUUUUCUGGGCAAAGCUUUUGUGCCUUCCCAGGACAAACAUGUCCCUCUGGCUCCUACUCCUAUGGAUGGUCACCAUUCCUCUCCAAGCCAACUCUCAAAGUAACCCUAGAGGUUACCUCCUAAACUGUGGCGCUGGGGCCUCAUCCAAUAAUGAUGUGAUCGUAGGUAGCCUGAAGUAUGUCACAGAUGAAGGUUACAUAUCAGUUGGAAAAACGAGCAACAUCAAGCAGAAAGACUUGGUUCCCAUACUCACUACAUUGCGCUAUUUUCCAGACAAGUCUGGGCGAAAAUAUUGUUAUGAAUUUCCAGUGAUCAAAGAUGGAAAGUACCUUGUGAGGACGACUUACUAUUAUGGUGGUUUUGAUGGUGGGAAGGAGCCACCGGUGUUUGACCAAAUCGUGGAUGGGACAAAGUGGAGUGUAGUUAACACAACAGAGGACUUUGCCAAUGGACUUAGCUCGUAUUAUGAGAUGGUGGUGUCGGCAAAGGGGAAGGAACUAAGUGUGUGUCUUGCUAGGAAUAACAUGACGGGGACUGAUUCUAGUCCCUUCAUCUCAGCUCUUGAGCUGGAGUACUUGGAUGACUCGGUGUAUAACUCCACCGAUUUUAACAAGUAUGGACUUAGUACUGUGGCAAGGGCGAACUUCGGAACUCCUACUAAUGGUGACGUAAUUGGCUUUCCAGAUGACAAAUUCAACCGGUUAUGGCAACCAUUCAAGGACAAGAACCCUGUGUCCACUAACAAGGCCGAUGUCACUCCCUCUGAUUUCUGGAAUGUCCCACCAGCAAAAUUAUUCGAGAAUUCUAUCACAACAAGCCGAGGGAAGGAACUUCAGCUCCAGUGGCCACCUGUGUCACUCCCCAACGCAGCUUACUACAUUGCAUUGUAUUUCCAGGACAACCGGAACCCAAGCCCUUUUAGUUGGAGAGUCUUCAAUGUUUCAGUGAAUGGCAAGCCCUUCUCUGGCAAUCUCAAUGUCACCACCAAGGGUUUAACAGUUUAUGCAGCACAGUGGCCUCUGUCUGGAAAGACUGAGAUUGUCCUAGCCCCUGCCGGGGGCAUGGCUGUUGGGCCGGUCAUCACUGCUGGUGAGAUCAUGCAGAUUUUUCCUCUUGGAUUAGCAACGCUCCACAGAGAUGUCGAGGCAAUGCAUGAGGUGAAAAGGAGUUUUGAGAACCCACCUUCCGAUUGGAGUGGCGAUCCUUGUUUGCCUGAAGCCAAUUCUUGGACUGGUGUUACAUGUUCUCAUGGAAAUUCUUCUCGAGUGAUAUCUCUGAAUUUAACUAGCGUCGGGCUAUCUGGGUCACUAUCACCAAACAUGGCAAACUUAACUGCCCUACACCAUAUUUGGCUUGGCGAUAACAAACUUAAAGGCGAGAUCCCAGACAUGGGCUCAUUAAAGGAGUUGGAAACUUUGCAUCUGGAGAACAACCAGCUUGAAGGACAAAUCCCUGAAUCAUUAGGCAAACUUCCAAAAUUACGUGAGAUAUAUCUUCAGAAUAACAAACUUAAGGGCAAUGUGCCUGACACGCGACAAACGAAGAAAAUACAGAUCAGUUGAAAAAUCAGGAAGAGAGCAGAUCAAAACUCCGGCUAAGAUGUAAUUUAAAAAUUGUAGUUGCUGUAAUGGAACUAAAAGAGUUGAGAUUGACAGGAAUGGAGCGAUUGCAUCAUCGCGUGGAGAGACAACAGAGUGGGAUUUAUGAGCCCUAGAUCAGUACUAGUUUGGUUUGGGAAGGUCUUCAUGUCAAUGUAUCUCCUUUAAUUUUCUCAAAAUAUCACCCCAUACUUCAAACUCAACACAAUAAUUC